AUCUAAACCCCUUACAAUCCUCCAGCUGUCUUUGGAACAGGUAAUUCUUAGCAUCAUUUUCUUCCUAAGCUUAGUGCAAACUUCUAGAAAACUUUUCAAAAGACUAUCCCAACUCCAAAUUAUCCCAAACGGGGACAAAGGGAAGGUGUGAAACCUGAUCCCCGCUCAUCCUAUAACAGAUCACCUUAUAUCCAUACAGAAGAGGGCUCAUACAUCCCUAUGUGUUUUCCCUGAGAAAGUAGGAAACAAAGAUCAGUGCAUGAAGCAAUAUGAGUCACAUCAUCAGCCCCUUCUCCCAGCCCAGAUUCCUCCUAGCCAGCAGUGGGAAGAGGGAAAUGCAGGGAUGUGAGGGUGUAAUUUCCCCACGUGCAAUAUGCAGCAGCUGACGGGCAGUUACAUCAUUUCUAAACCCACCAUCUCUGGAGGGAGUCUAAAAGCUGCCAUUUGGGUUAUUUUUCUUUCCAUGACUGCCUGUGUUUUGGGUGAUGUUCAGUCCUCUUGAUCUUGUUUUUAAAUCCCCAGAAAAAUGAGUAGGAGUUUUAUUUUUUUUCGUUAAUAUCUAUAUUGGAUUUCAUAGCACUUUUAAUUUAUAGCUGUUUCCUGAUGACAUUUAGUACCCAGUGCCUGAGACUGUAUAAAUAAAUUACAUAAAAAUGGAUUUGUGGCAUCAUUAGCAGCACCCCCAUUCCAAGGGGAGCCUCCAGUGAGCCUGUGUGUCUAAUCAGAGCUGACAAGGAGCAGAGUUACACACUGAGACAUCCAAAGCUAAUGGAUCUGUGCCAAAUUCAGCUCUCUGUUGCAUUGGUAUGAAGUUGGAUAACCUCUGAUUGCAAGUGGGUUUUUACACCAUGUUUACUCUGCAUUUACACCUGGGCUCUGAGAUCAGUGUCAGGCAGUGUGCCCUAAAAUCCUGAGAAGCAAAGACACUUGCUGACUUCACCAGACUCCGGAUCAGGCCUCGAUGGUUAAAAUAUAAUCUGAGUUCAGAGUGCAGAAAACAGAUUACAUGCCUGCUAUUGUAGUGAAAUGCUUUCCAGAGCAAGCAUUAGCAGUAUGUACACAAGUGCCAGAUGAAUUAAACUGGCAUUUAUUUUCCAGCUCCAGUAGGAGAGGAUUUCUCUUAAACAACUCAUGCCUGCUGUGUUGUGUCUGGAGCUGGAGCUGAACAGAGCCGCCAGGAGGGCACGUGUGACAGGAGCCACUGUUGCAGGUUGGAGGCUUCAGCUGUCCCAGCUCUAGAGGCCUUGCCAGUGCUGGCAGAGCGUGUACAAGCCCACCCCACAACACAGACUGGCUCAGCCUGGCCACCCUGUGCAGAAUGUCCCUACGAGAGCAUGCGCUGUCCCUCUGCAGCGCGGUGGGCACCGUCCGCCCGGCCCCGAUGAUGAAGAGGGCUCUGAAACUCCAGGGGGAUAGGUGCCCUCAGCUGCUGGUGAAGGGCCAGGCCUUUCCAGUGAAGAGGGACCUGUACCUGGUGGGUUUUGGAAAAGCUGUGCUGGGGAUGGCUGCAGCAGCAGAAGAGAUCCUGGGAGACCACCUCAUCCGUGGUGUCAUCAGUGUGCCACUCGGCAUCCAGGAGAGCCUGCAGCGAGCAGGAAUGCAGGAGAUGCUGCUGAAGCCACACAGCAAAAUCCAGGUCAUCGAGGGUGCCAAGAACAACCUCCCAGAUGCAGAGGCUCUGAAGGGAGCUGUUGCCAUACAGCAGCUGGCUGAGGGUCUGACUGCAGAUGACCUGCUCCUCGUGCUUAUUUCAGGGGGUGGAUCAGCCCUGCUGCCUGCUCCCAUCCCUCCCAUCCUCCUUGAAGAGAAGGAGAAGCUCACAAAGAUGCUGGCUUCCCGAGGAGCUGCCAUACAGGAGCUGAACAUUGUCCGGAAGACUCUGUCCGUGCUGAAGGGAGGAGGGCUGGCCCAGCUCGCAUAUCCCGCACAGGUGGUGAGUCUCAUCCUGUCUGAUGUGAUUGGUGACCCCCUGGAUAUCAUAGCGAGUGGGCCCACUGCUGCCAGCUCCCACAGUGUCCAAGACUGCCUUCAGGUACUUGCCAAAUACAACCUGCUGCACAACCUGCCCAAGUCAGUGGAAACGGUCCUCUCCAGCUCUCCCACCAAGCCCACCGCUCCAGAAAACUACUCCCAUGUUUCCAACAUCAUCAUUGGGUCAAAUACUCUGGCUUUAGACGAGGCCAAACACCACGCUGAGAGCCUGGGCUACGCAGCUCUGGUUCUGAGUGCAGCAAUCCGUGGGGAGGUCGGCCGUGUCUCCACGCUGUACUGCCAGCUGAUCCGGCUGGUCUGCCUGGGCCUCGCCGGCCGCACAGAAGAGCCCCUCGGUGAUGAGGUGAGGGGCAAUCUCCUGCAGCUGGCGGCAGAGCUGGAGAUCCCAGGUUUGGACCUUGCCAAGUUUCUACAGGCCCUGCGAGGAUUAGGGCCUGAAAGACCAGUCUGCAUCCUGGCUGGUGGAGAAACCACAGUCCAGCUUCAAGGGAGCGGCAAGGGAGGGAGGAACCAGGAGCUGGCCCUGUGCGUGGGGCUGGGGCUGCACAGGGCACAGGCCAUGGAAGGCAGCAGCCCCCAAGGGAGGUGUGAGAUCAUCUUCUUCAGCGGGGGAACAGAUGGGCAGGAUGGGCCGACGGAGGCAGCAGGAGCCUUCUGCAGCCCAGGGCUAGUGGCUGAGGCGCUUCAGGAGGGCCUGGACGUGGAAGCUUUUCUCAGGAACAACGACUCCUACACCUUCUUCAGCCAGUUCCAAGGUGGGCAUCACCUCCUGGUGACAGGCUUGACGGGCACCAAUGUCAUGGACAUUCAGGCCAUUUUAAUUAGAGCCUUGGAGAGAUCAUGAGAUGUCCCUCUGCAGAUAUCCAGAUGCACUUAAUUAGAACCAGGAGUAAAUGAAAGCAUCAUUACUGCAGACAAAUGCGAGCUACUUAAAUUAGGACUCACUGUUGAGGGUGGUGGUAUCUUUACAGAAAGAAUCCACUAAUUAGAGACAUGAGUGGAUGUCCACAGCAAAAGCAAGCACUUGUAACUGGGGUGAUCAGAGAAAGGUAAGAGGUCACAUUGCAGACAAGGAAGCUGGAUUUAACAUGCUUGUGACUUCAAGUGAAGUUGAAGACUUAACAUGCUGCAACUACAGUUAAAAAAUAUGGGGAAGUUGAGGCCAUGGCAGGGCUGCCAGGGAGAAACCUCACUGCACUGUUGCUCAAGAGCAGCUCAGGAGGGAGCUUUUGCAGGUUCACAGAAGUGCAUUACAGUGACUGAAGGAUGUAAAAGCAGUGACAGCAAGGCCUGCUCACCUGAAGCGUGAACGUGCUGGAGGGAUAUGGUGGGAAUACCCAGCACCCACUCCACGCACCAGCACAGUGCCCUGCAGUUCCUCCCACAGCAGUGUAUGAGGCGACACAGAGACCACAAGUCCAGCAUGAUGCAAACCCGGGAGUGUGGCUAAGGAGCAUAUUGGCAGAGACACUGGAUGGGUGACACAGGCAGUGCACAGUGACAUAGAGGGUUCCAUACCUUCACUUAAGGAAGGGGAUGAACAAAGUGCAGUGGCUCCUCCAGCCUCCUUCCCUCCACAGGAAUAUCUUCCCUGCUGAUCCCUGAUGGGAGAGCCUCCAUGCCAGCAGCAUGUACGCUAUGAGCUUUCGUGGUGUUGUUUUCCAACUGCCUAGAAAACAGUCACGCAUCCAGCCUGAGCCACUGACCUUUCUUCUGCGCUGAGGCAGAAGUCGCUGUCACUCUGAUUAACUCUGCUAAUUCCACAGAACAAAAGGCAAGGAAACCUUCACGCUCAGCUCUCCUGACCCAUGCUGCUGAGCUGAUCAAAGGGCAAAGCUGCCAGAGCUGUGCUCUGACAGGGAGCUGCUCCCCCACAUGUACAAGGACACGGUGGUUUAUCGUGGUUUUGUCACCUACUGCAGUGCGAUAUGCGGGAGAGCAGAGAUGAGCCGGGUUUCCCAGGAUGUGCAGCCCACAGUGAGGCUGGAUUUCAGAAGGGCUUUGCCUGUAGCAACAGGCACGUUGAUGGUUUUGGCUGGAUAUUCAAAGGACUUCAGCUCAGCAGCCGGUAUGACCCAGCACGUCCGACUCCUUUUGAAUAUCCGGCUGUUUGUUACAGAGCCUAAGUGGGAGCUGAGCUCCUUUGAAAAUCCAGCUAUAAUGUAAUAGGACACGCUUGACUCAGACUCUUUCCAGACAGACCGACCUACUCCGUGUGGCUGAUCUCAUCUCGUGACAUAAACGCACUGUUGUGCCAACACCGUGAGUCGUGGUGUAUCUCACUGAGCAGUCCUGCACCCACCUGGAUCGGAGAGUGGAUUUUUGAGGAGGAUACAACACCUCCUAUUUUGGUUUUGAAGCCAACAACUAACAAGUAGGGAUAUCAGCAGGACCAUCACGGGGCCCAGUAUUGAUGCCAGGCUGGCAGCUGGACUGUCUGGGCUACAGCCCAGGCACAGUGUAAGGCACAAGCCUGGGGAUUUCAAAACCCUGGUCUUGCCUGGGAUGGUUUAAACCCAUCCAUGCAUCUCACUUGUCCUCAGAGUCUGAAAGUCUUCCGUAACAUGCCUGAACUUGCUCACACUGGCAAACAGCUCCAAGAUCUGCUGGGGGAAGUGUGCCAAGCGUUAUAAAGCUCCCUGUGCCCCUGUGUAAUGUCAGGGGGUGGUUGUGCAGGAGAAGCUGCUUUGUGCCGUGUGCUUUUCUCCGGAGGUCGCUGGCAGGUCGCCUGCUCCAUGCCCAGCAGGCCAGCUCCACAGGGGCACCAACGCACGGAGAUACAGCCACAAGUAUGGGCUGCAGCCAGGAUAACUGGCUAAAGCUGGCUCCACAGUGCUGGGAAUGCUUCCUGGCCAGUUCUGCUCCAGUGGAAUGCAGAGUGACUCCAGUUUCAGGCUGGGGUGCCUGGCAGAAGGGUCACUGGCACCUUCAGCAGCAGGUCCAGUGAGCCAUAGGCCCACAAUAACCCCCUGCCCACAGGUCUGCCACACUGCUGAGCACCACGCUGGCCCUUAGAGCUGCAGCCAAGUUCAGAAGACCUUGGGCUAGUGCUGGCUGGCUUCUCCUGGGAAAUGCCUACCCCAGAUACCCUGAGCAGUGUCCUUGCUUUCUGAAUGGUGGUUUUUCACUAGCAAUUAAAGAAUGUGUGUUGGAGAGGAGAAAAGGCUAAUAAAAGAUUUGUUGAAAGGA